AUGGACAGCAGAAACGCUCGGCAUCUCAAUCGCACCCCCGAGCUCUGGUUCGUCAGAGGAGGAGCGGCCGGCGGGGGUGCCAAGGCGCAUGUGGACCAGCACACGGAGUCCACGAUGUCGCUGCAGUUGGCGGGCCGCAAGAGGUGGCGCGUGGCGCCCAUCGCGCCGCGCGCGGCGCCGCAUGUCGUGAAGCUUUAUCAGGACGGGCAGAUAUUCGAGCGCGCGGAACGGGACACCUGGAACAUUGGCGAUGUGGUCCUCUCACCGGGCGACGCGGUUUUCUUCGGCCCAGGCUCCAUCCUAGGGGGGACCGACGCGGUGCCCAGCGCCUGCGCGGCGUCGAUAAUGACGUGGCAGUUCAACGUGCCCCUGCCCACUGGCUGGUGGCGCUCCUUCCUGCCCCGCAUCCGGUUCACGCCAGAUUUGGUGCACACGUGGCGCAUCUUGGACAAGGUCCUCGACGAGGCCGCGGUGGGCCCGGCGAGCCACCCGCUCUUCGGCGAGGGCGGCGACAGCGCCGCCUCCCGCGCCGAGCGCUCGCGGCUGCAGAAAGUCUGGGGAGACUUGCACGCGCAGGCGUUUUCUACGUUGCCGGAAGGUUUGCGGAAGUUGAAGCUCGGUCACCAGCGUAUUAUCGAAGAUUCCGACGACCUCAUGCAGAUGCCGAAGAAGAUCCGCGACACCGUCCUGGCCUGGGAGAGCGAGGCUCUCGCUCUGGACGCGCAGCUCGGGCCCGAGCCGCCUGGAGGUCCACGGCCACCCGCACACGCUGCACGCCACGGCGACUCGGCAGAUUUGUGA